AUGAGCUGCGCCGGAUUUUCUUGGUCACGGCCAACCGGAGCUUUCCGACUAACCUCCGGCGGUAACCUUUCGUCUGGAUUUCAUCGAUGUCCUUUAUCGUGUCUAAUUUUCCGUUCCUCUAGCGAUGCGCACUUCGUCGUGUCCUCCACAUCUGGACCGUCCGAUUCGCAUGUCGAAAAUUCGUCAAAUCGCUCUUACAGCCGUCGCUGGCAAAACCCGCUUCCCCGGCGUCGACAUCCCGAUCAAAUGCCGACUUCUCGGGUUUUUGCUCGUGACUGGAUCGAUUCAGAAACCUCUUCAGCUUCCGAAGCUUCAUCAGAGAGAGUCACUGUAGUGUCAUACAACAUACUGGGAGAUAGAAACUCAUCAUAUCACAAAGAAUUAUACUCCAACGUGUCAUUUCCUUACCUGAAAUGGGGCUACCGCAAAAGGUUGAUUUGCGAGGAACUGAUUCGUCUCAAACCAGACAUAAUCUGUUUGCAGGAAGUAGACAAGUAUUUCGACCUAUUCAGCAUGAUGGAGAAAGCUGGAUAUGCUGGCUCCUACAAGCGGCGAACUGGAGAUAACAUUGAUGGGUGUGCAAUGUUUUGGAAGGCCGAUAGGUUUCGGGUUUUGGAGAGGGAAAACGUUGCGUUUAGCCAGUUUGGCAUGUGCGAUAAUGUUGCACAACUUGCUGUUCUCGAGAUGCACAAGUCGUCUAAGUCAAGAAAGCUACUGCUGGGUAACAUUCACGUGCUUUAUAAUCCACGUAGAGGAGAUGUGAAGCUGGGUCAAAUCCGUUCGCUCUGCUCAAAGGCUCACUUGCUCUCUACGAAAUGGGGUGAUAUUCCUAUUAUUCUAGGCGGGGAUUUCAAUAGCACACCCCAGAGCCCAUUAUACAACUUCCUGGCGUCCUCUGAGCUGAAUCUCAUGAAACAUGACAAAAGAGAGCUGUCUGGCCAGAAAAAUUGUAGUCCAACUCAAGUUCUUGAGACCGGAAACGAAUAUAGUAAUAAUACAACAACUUCCAUAAGCAGAUGCAUAAGUAGUUCUUGGAGCAACGAAGAGAUCCGUGUCGGGACUGGGCAAGAGAACUCGUACUGGGCAGUGCAUCCUUUGAAACUCCAUAGCUCAUACGCAUCAGUUAAGGGCUCAACAAAUACUAGGGACUCUGUUGAUGAACCUCUAGCAACCUCGUACCACUCGAAAUUUCUGGGAACGGUUGAUUAUCUCUGGUACUCGGAUGGUCUAGUAGCUGCAAGAGUUCUUGAUACACUUCCCAUUGAUCUUCUCUGCAAAACCAAAGGCCUUCCUUGUCAAGAAUUGGGAAGCGAUCACUUGGUAUUGGCUUCGGAAUUUUUCUUUGAACCGAAUGGUUGA